AUGACACUGAGCGGCCCCAGUACCGUGAUGGGCACUGAGGGAGGAUCUCUGACAGUGAAGUGUCACUACGAGAAGGAAUUUGUGGAGCACAGAAAAUACUGGUGCAAAGGAAACUAUGAGAGCCUAUGCCAGAAGAUUGUGGAGACCGGGGGGACAGUGAGAAAGAAGACGAAGGGCCAAGUGUCCAUCGAGGACAAUUUUGACCAGCUCAGCUUCACAGUGACCAUGAAGGAACUCACAGUGGAAGACGAUGGCAUAUACUGGUGUGGGAUUGAAAAAUCAUGGCUCAGUGAUGAAUCAGGAUUCGAUCUUGUCUUCAAGGUGGUGGUGUCUGUGUCCCCAGAAAGUGCCACCCACAGUCCCAGCAGUCAGAACUCCAACCCGAGCCGGUGGCCAUGGUCUCUGCUCUGCAAUAUCCACUUCCUGCUCCUGGUCUUCCUGAAGGUGCCCCUGUUCCUGAGCAUGCUCAGUGCUGUCCUCUGGGUGAACAGAUCCCAGACGUUGAGGGGGAAGUUGAGAACCAGUAACACAGAGACAGACCCUCAGGGGGACUGA